AUGAGCAGCUCUCCAUGGAAGCCUCUUUUGGGCGACGUGCUUCGUGUCUGGAUGAUAUGUGGGAUGUGUUGGACNAACGCCUUCUUCAUCCAGAAAUUAGCGGCUGCCUGGGACACUCAAGACAAAAGCUCGGGGAUCGUCUUUGCAGUUUUGGCGUGCCCAACGGCGAGACCUACGGAGAGAAUACAUUCGUCGCUAUAAGGCUCUGGCCAUGACCGUCAUGGUUCUCACCACGCGUUCAUGCCUUCGGAUGCGCAAGUGCAGAUAGCUGUUCGAGACCAUGUUGAUUCAGUUUCCAGUAGUGUCUGGGCAGGUGCACAAGGAUGAGCAGCUCUCCAUGGAAGCCUCUUUUGGGCGACGUGCUUCGUGUCUGGAUGAUAUGUGGGAUGUGUUGGACAAGCGUGCGUUCGCGCACACGCCGGCGGUGCAUGGAGACGAUUUCUUUUCGGUAGCUUCCAUGAAUGCUAGGAGUUCGUCUGCUGUUUUUCGUGCUGUAGCUUCUUCGGCGUUGCGUUCGACGGUGACCCCUUGGUAGAGCCAGGGGUCUUCGGCCGCCGUGAUGAGU